AUGGAGGAUGAAGACAAUUUAAGUACCAGCAGUGCAGAAGUAAAGGAAAAUCGCAACAUUGGCAACCUGGAGGAUCAUCCAAUAUCCCCUAAUGAGAGGGCAAGAGGGGGAACACCUAGCAGUAAGAGGAAAAGGCCCUUGGAGGAUGGCAAUAACGGCCAUUUCUGCAAGCUCCAGCUCAUCUGGAAGAAGGUCUCCUGGUCAGUGACGCCAAAGAACGCUCUGGUUCAGCUGCACGAGCUGAAGCCAGGUUUGCAAUACAAAAUGGUUUCCCAGACCGGCCCAGUGCACGCUCCGGUCUUCGCCGUGGCUGUGGAAGUGAACGGACUGACCUUCGAAGGCACGGGGCCCACCAAGAAGAAAGCCAAAAUGCGUGCAGCAGAGCUGGCCCUGAAGUCAUUCGUUCAGUUCCCCAACGCCUGCCAAGCUCACUUCGCCAUGGGCAACCGCAUCAACCCAUCCACGGACUUCACUUCCGAUCAGGCAGACUUCCCAGACACUCUGUUCAAGGAGUUCGAACCCUCCGCGCACAGCGAGGACUUCUCCGUCUACAACCCCGUCGAGGACGAGCUGCUCUCCACCGCCUACCGGCACGGCCGUCUGCUCUACCACACACUGGACUUGAUGGGGCACGGCAAGCAGAGCAAGCACAGGGCGGCCUCCAAGGCGGAGAGCGAGCAGAACCCGGUGGUGCUGCUGAACGAGCUGCGGUCGGGGCUGCGCUACGUCUGCCUGUCGGAGACGGUGGAGAAGCAGCACAUCAAGAGCUUCGUGAUGGCUGUGCGCGUGGACGGGAGAACGUUCGAGGGCUCGGGACGCAGCAAGAAGCUGGCCAAGGGGCAAGCAGCACAGGCAGCCCUGCAGGCUCUCUUUAACAUUCGGCUGCCCAGCCACAUUCCCAGCAGGAGUAAAUGUCACCACUUGCCACAGGAUUUUGCUGAUUCCAUAUACCAAAUGGUUGCACAGAAGUUCCAGGAGCUGACAGACAAUUUCACUUCCAUGCAUGCACGCCACAAAACUCUUGCAGGCAUUGUGAUGACCAAAGGUCUGGACAUCAGGCAAGCUCAGGUUAUUGUGCUGUCAUCGGGCACCAAAUGUAUAAAUGGGGAGUACAUCAAUGACAAAGGGCUUGCGGUCAACGACUGCCAUGCAGAAAUCCUGGCCAGAAGGGCAUUUGUUCACUUCCUCUACUCACAGCUGGAGUUACACUUAAGCAAGCGGCGAGAAGACUGGGAGCGCUCCAUCUUCGUGCGGUUGAAAGAGGGAGGCUACAGGCUGCGGGAGAACAUCCUGUUCCACCUCUACGUCAGCACCUCGCCCUGCGGGGACGCGCGCCUCCACUCCCCCUACGAGAUCACAGCUGACUUUCAGGGUGACAAGCACAUAGUGAGAAAAUACCGCGGGCACCUGCGCACCAAGAUUGAGUCCGGAGAAGGAACCAUCCCUGUGCGGUGUCACAACGCGGCUCAGACGUGGGACGGCGUCCUGCUGGGAGAGCAGCUCAUCACCAUGUCCUGCACAGACAAAAUUGCCAGAUGGAACAUCCUUGGGCUCCAAGGUGCUCUCCUCAGCUCCUUCAUUGAACCCAUGUACUUACACAGCAUCGUUGUGGGAAGCCUCUACCACACUGGUCACCUUUCCCGGGUAAUGAGCCAUAGAAUAGAAGACAUUGGUCAGCUGCCAGCUUCCUACCGGCGCAAUCAGCUGCUUCUCAGUGGGGUGAGCCAUGCAGACGCUCGGCAGCCCGGGAAGUCUCCCAGCUUCAGUGUGAACUGGGUCGUGGGCAGCACCGACCUGGAGGUCAUCAAUGCCACAACAGGGAAGAGGACCUGUGGCAGUCCCUCACGGCUCUGCAAGCAGAUGUUCUUCACUCGCUGGGCAAAGCUGCAUGGCAAGCUGAGCACACGAAUACCAAGCCAUGGAGAUGUGCCACCAGUGUACAGCGAGGCAAAGCUGGUGGCUCAGACAUACCAGUCUGUCAAGCAGCAGCUGUUUAAAGCAUUUCAGAAAGCUGGGCUGGGCACCUGGGUGAAGAAACCCCCGGAGCAAGAUCAGUUCCUACUAACUGUAUAA